AGCCUUCAGCCCACUCCAAACCAAUAAUAGUAAUGCUAUUUGAAGUCUCUCCCAGUAAUGGCAACCAGGUUUUGAAUACACGCUUCCAAAAUUAUAUCUUUCUUCAACAUCAGCUAGCUAAUAAUUGGCGCAUACAAUCAACCGAAAAUCAGAAAGCUUCCAAAAUCAAACCUCUCAAAUUUGGCGCAUUUAACAGAAAACCUGGCAUUUGAUUUGCGGUUUUAGAUCUAGUAGUUAUGAAAAAAAAGAUUUUUAAAACAAAAUUAAAUGUGCUAAAUUAGCAUGCGAGUCUCGGUUAACGAGCAGAUGCCGAGAAUGUCGGGCGAUCAUCCAUUCGUCAUUCCCCAAUCUCUCUCCAAUUCAAACCUUUUUCCGUUCUCGUCCUCCUUACGUCUUCUCUCAUUCUCCCGUCCAAAUCCACACCAAUGGCCAUCGCAGCGGUGGUGGUUUUGCCUAUCGGCUUACUAUUUCUUCUAUCUGGACUCAUCAUCAAUUUUCUCCAGGCAUUCUUCUUUGUCCUUGUUCGUCCAUGUUCAAAAAAUAUGUACAGGAAGAUCAAUGCUUGUCUUGCACAACUCCUGUGGUUGGAGCUCAUAUGGCUUUUCGACUGGUGGGCACACAUUAAGGUUGAUCUAUUUAUAGAUUCUGAAACACUUGAAUUAAUGGGUAAGGAACAUGUACUCCUUAUCUGCAACCAUAAAAGUGACAUUGACUGGCUCAUUGGUUGGGUCUUGGCUCAGCGUUCAGGUUGUCUUGGUAGCACUCUUGCUUUGGUUAAAAAAUCAUUAAAAUUCCUUCCGGUUAUUGGGUGGUCAAUGUGGUUUACUGAAUAUAUCUUUCUGGAAAGAAACUGGUCUAAAGAUGAGAACAUAUUGAUGGAAGGCUUUGAAAACCUAAGAGAUUUCCCAAUGCCUUUCUGGUUAGCUGUUUUUGUAGAAGGGACACGGUUUACACAUGCAAAGCUUCUUGCUGCUCAGGAAUAUGCUAUUGCAACAAAGUCACCUGUUCCUAGGAACGUUUUGAUCCCUCGAACAAAGGGUUUUGUUGCUGCAGUCAAUCACUUGCGCUCAUUUGUUCCAGCAAUUUACAACUGUACAGUGGCAAUUCCUAAAAACGAGCCAUUGCCAACAAUCUUGAGAAUGUUCAGAGGAAGAUCUUCCACAGUACAUGUGCAUGUCAAAAGACACUUGAUUCGUGAGUUGCCACAUACCGAUGUCGACAUUAGACAAUGGUGUAGAGACAUAUUUCUUGAAAAGGAUGCUUCAUUGGAGCUACAUCAGUCUGAAAACACAUUUGGUGAUAUGGAAUGUCAUGGCAUUGGUAGACCAAAGAAAUCAUUAUAUGUUGUUAUUAUUUGGUCAUGUCUUUUAUUAUUUGGAGUGUUUAAAUUCUUCGAAUGGUGUUCAUUCUCUUGGGAAGCGAUAACAUUUUGUGCAAUACUUUUGUUGUUUGUUAUGGUCUGCAUGCAAAUCCUCAUUGUUUUUUCUCAAUCUGAACAAUCAAAUCCUCCCGAAGCAUCAACACUUAAUACUGAAGACGCCAUGAACCAGAAGCUCAUUCCAUGAAAUUUUUGAUAUUUAAAACUGUCAACCCCUAGAUAGGUUAACUUUUUCCACAUGUGGUUUGUAAAUUUUUGUAUCUUCAUUCAUUUCUUACUCCAAAAUCAGGGAAGAUUUAUUUGACUUCUAACUAAUUAUACUUUGUUCCAUGCCUUGAAUCAAAAGCCUAUUCACAAC